AUGGCGGAGCCGACGCGUGAACUCGUGUUGCCUCCGAGGGGGGACGAAGAAGAAAGCAACUGUAGCAGCGGCUGUCUCUCCCCCCAGUGGCAAGGAAAUCUGAUGGAGGAACUGCAGGCCGCGCAAAGCAUUUCUGCCGUCGUCAACGUUCCUGGGGCUCUGGAACCCAGCAGCGUAUUCUCGUUCCUCUCCGAAGGCUCGCUUUUCGCGUCCUCUCUGGAGGAACCUGCGGAUUUCUCGCCGCGGCGCGCCUCUGCCGGCCUGGCCCCGAAGGAAAUUUCUCUCUCGGAUUUCGACGGCUACUUCAACAGCCUCAAAGAGGAACUGUCUCAGUUUGAAGCCAUCUGCGCAGAUGACCGAGAAGCCCUCAAGGCUCGCGACGGAGGGACUCUCUCGCUGAGUGCCAGGCGAAGAGAGAAUGCCGAGCUCUUGGUGGCGUCCACGCGACGCAUGCAGGGUUCGCGCUUUCCCCCCAGCGGGGCGGUCCGACCUCGCAGAGACCGGAGACUGCCGAGAGGGGAGAGGCGGCGAGAGAGAGAGAGGUCGGAGACGCGAGACGCAGAUGCGAAGAAGGAAGACUCGGCGGCCUUCGCGGAAAAGCGAGGGCGCGGAAAAGACGGAAGUCUAGGAGAACGGAGAGGAGAGGAAGAACCAGAGGACGACGGUUUAGAAAGAAACGAGAGAGGUGGAAUUGAUCAUGAGCAACUUCUCCUCUAUGGAGACGAUGACGACGAGGAAUUUGUGGAAGGGACAUUGACCUGCAGUUCAGUGCCGGAGUGCUUCUUCUCGCCAGACUUCCAGCUCUCAGACUUUCUCUGCUACGACCUGGCCGAGGCCGUGAAGGUGCACGACGAGUUCUCCACUUGUUUAGACGAGGUCGAAUGCAGCCUCGUCUCUCUGCUUUCUCGGCGCUUCUCCUUUUUCGUUAGUUCGUUGUGGAAGCUGACGAGCAUGCAGUCUGAAAUGGAAGGGGCUCUUCGAACGGUCGCCUCUCUCAGAGGGGAGAUCAAGAAGAUGCAAGCGGAGCGCGUGGAGCUCGGCCUCAAGGUGCUGCGGUUGACAAAAGAACGCCAGGGACUGCUCGUUCACUUGCGCCGGAUGGAGUUUCUGAGCUACGUCCGGGACUGUCUCCAGUCUCUCGACAUCCUGCUGCAGGCGAAAGAAUUCGCGACCUGCCUGAGACUCAUCGAGGCCACGCGGGCCGUGAUGAACCAAGAACUCGCCGCGCUGCACGUCGCGCGCCCCAUUCGCCUUCAGCUGGAUGAACUCCAGCACCGAAUCACCACGUCAUUAAUCGACGACUUUGCUGCCGCCUCGUUAGCUGCUGUCUUCCCUGCUCAUUGUGACCCUCAAUCUCCAACUCUCGUUUCUUCGCUUCACGCCGUCUUAACCUCUCCCUCUUCAUCCUCUCCCUCUUCUUCGCCUUCCUUUUCUUCGUCGUCCUCUUCUUCGUCCUCUCCCUCUUCGUCCUCUCCCUCUUCGUUCUCUGCCUCUUCUUCGCCUUCCUUUUCUUCGUCGUCCUCUUCUUCCUCGCACGCGGUCGCUGCAGCUCGGCGGCUUGCGCCGGUUAUUCGGCCAGUUGUCCGGGUGGAUGUUUUGCAUGCGCGGCUGGGGACUGUGGAACAGAGACAGGAGCAGACGGAAAAAGACAGCAGCGACUCUCUCGACAGCCAGAUAAGCUCAGCGCUCACCGCGUUGUACGGCGACUGGGCUCGAGGAUGGACGCUGCAAGUCGAGGAAGAAGAAGCAAACCCUUUCGACGACAGAGGGGUCUUCACCUGGGAGCAGCGGUUGAUAUCGUGCGUGGGAAUGGCGCCAGAAAGUUUGCAGGGGCUAAAUUUGUUGUCUAGGUGCGAGGGCAAUGCGUCGAUGAUGAUCGCCCGCGCCCGUCAAUCUUUUUCUUCCGCGACGAAGAGCGCCAUGAGGACAGUCGCGAGUCGCGCUGUUAUGAAGUAUUCCUGCGCCUCGCCUGCCCCUCGACAGGCCUCUUCUCUUCCGAGCAGACUGGCGACCGAUUCCGAGGAAGAGGAGCCGCCAAAGUGCCGUUUGCCACUUCGCGAGGGAUCGAGACACGCGCACGCGUCCACAGAUCCACAGGAGACCUGUCAGGCGCCUUCUUCACCGCACUUUCCUCCCAGCAGCGAACCUUCCUCUGAACAAGCCUCUCGCCGCUCCCUCAGCCUCGUCAUUCCCUCAAGAGACGAAGACGGAGACAGAGAGAUAGAACAAGCGGGAGACCAAGAGGGAGAUCAAGAGAGAUAUCAAGAGGGAGAACAGGAGACAGUCGAGAGAUCAGGGCGUCGGCUCUCUAGUUCCCGCUCUGUCUCUCGAGGAGAGGGAGAGAAAGACGAACCACGUCCAUCUGGAAGUGAAGGACGAGAGAACGCAGAGGCGGGCCAUUUUGGUGGCGACGGGGAAGCGGCCGGUGAGUCUGCGGUGUGCUUCGCUGCGACGGCAGGAGAGGGAGGGUCCAGCGGUGGGAGGGUGACUGUAGGGCAGAGCGAAGAGCAGAGAGGCAUAUCACAGGAGGCGAGCGAGGAAACGGGCGAAAAGCGAAAGGCGGAGGGGCAAGAGGGCGAGGAGGUCCAGAAGGCGGCCAAGCGAGAAGGUCGCGAAGACCAGAGAGAAGCCAGCCGGUCUGCGAGGGUCCCGGCACCCGCGCCGCCUUCUCCCGGUCUCCCGACGGAGAAGCCUCGCCCUUCUGAUCCUGCGCCGCCCCCCGAAGGCCCAGGCCCCCACCAACUCGCGGAGGCGCUUACGAAGCUCGAGCCUCGCGCGUUUUGGGGAGUCUGGAGCGACUGUCUGGGGUUCUGUCUCGCGGUCGCGCGUCGGCUCGAGGCGUGGACGUGCCUCGUUCUCAUGCGCACUGUCGAGCUCUCCCUCGCUGCGCGUCUGAAGAAGGAAGAGCUCGCGCGGGCGGAGAAGGGACCCGAGGCGAGAGGAGACCACGGCGUGGCGCCAAGACAAACCGGCGCUGCAGAAGAGACGCGGAAAGACAGCUGCAGGUCCCCGCAGGGCGAUGGUUCGCAGGCCGAAGACAUAGGGAGAGAAGAAAGAAAGAAAGAAGGCUCCGCUUUCACGGUCUCGCAGGCGGAGAGUCUGGGGAAACGCGUCGACGCGCAAACCCGCCAGUGGCGCAUUAUCGCGGCCGAUCUCGCACGACUCGCCGAGACGGUCGUCCAAGCGCUCGUGGCCAAGUGCAGCAGCAUGUUGCAGCUGCGGGCCGAACCGCACUGCCGCAUGCGGCCAGAACACCUCGCGCAGCUCUACUGGACGUCCCUCUCUGCGAUGGGGUGUCUGUACACGCUGCAACAGCGGUUUCACAAGCGCCUCACAGAGGUGCUUCUCCAGUCUCUUCGGGUCACGGUUCACCUCCUGCUUUCUCCUGAUCAGCUGCGGAGCCAAGCGCCAGGCGCGUCUCUGCUGUCUCCGGCAGCUUCGUCCAGGCCGCGCUCGCGGACCGAAUCGGGUGUCGCGGCAGAGGAAGAGAGAGAAGAGGCCACGACAGACACCCACUCGGCUUCUGAUCUUGGUCCCAGAGGCGAGGCGCGGGACGACGGCGGGAUGGAAGAAACCCGGAUUGGAGGCCUCGACGACGCGGCCGAAAACGACGAAGAAGAAGACGCCGUCGGUUCUCAGAGCUUUCUCCGUCUUCUCGACGAUGUGGACGGCCAGUCCAGUUCACCUCUUCAUCUGCAAGUCGACAAUCUCUCUCUUCAACUCGCUGUCCCUGCGGCAGCCUCUCUCAAAUCUCAGCUCUUCCUUCGAGCCAAAAUGCUGCUGGAGUCUUUUCACGAAGCGAAGCUCGCACAGGUGAACGUCAUUUUGGAGAACGAGACGUGGGAACGCGCGGAUGUUCCUGUCUCCUUCGUCCCCACUCUCGAGACCAUUCACCGUUUCCCGUUUUUCUCUGCGCCGCUUCCUUGUUCUUCUCCGCGGUGCCCAAGUCGGCGUCAGACGCAGGCGAGGCGUCGCGGGGAAGGCUCAGGGCGAGAGGAGGCAGGCGGGGCCUCGCUCGACUGCAGCGGACAGCCGGGCGCUCUCUCGGAGGUGCGCGACGACAGAAGCGGAGUGGCGAGCGACGAAGGCCCUGAGCCCCAGCGGGCGUCUCUUCCCGGCUCGAAAGGGGAAUCCGGCUCCAGUCAAGAAGUCGUGGUCUGUGCAUGCGACUGCUGGUCAUGCACGCUUUCGCCUCGUUGUUUGACGAUCAACAACGAGGCCUUUAUGGUCGUGCCUUCCUGUCUCCUGGCGAUCCAGAUUCUCUCAGAGUACCUUUCGCUGCUCCGACUCCUUCCGCUGCUUCUCCCGCUCGUCCUGUCGUCUCUCGCACACGUCUUGCAGCACUUCUCGCGGGUGUCGCUUCAACUCACCGUGGAAGGAGGCGCGGUCAAGCGAGGCCGCCUCCCGCGGAUCACCUCCGCCGCCCUCGCUCUCUGUGCGCGGAGCUGCGCGUGCCUGGGCGAGGUCCUGGCGCUGCUGCUUCGCCGCAUCGACAGUCAGCAGAAACGCGUCUCGGGCAAGCGACGCAUCAGCCUCGAAGCGGCGGAGUCGCCGGGGGGCCGCGAGGGCGAAGACGGUAGCGACGCGUUGCUCCCCUGGCCCGAAGAACUCGCUUUCGAGACAGCUCACGAGGAGACCGCUGGAGACGACGGGGCGACGCGCAGCCAAGCACCUCGAGCGGACAGCACCGAAGGCCGGGACACCCACGGGAGCCGCGGGGAAGAGGAAGUCGAUACGAGACGAGCCGGAGAGAGAGAGGAAGCCUCCACACCUGCUUCUCGCCAAUGCCGCGUCUUUCUCGCGCCCGUCCCGCCCCUCCUCAGUCCCCUACCGAAGGCACUUGCGAGUCAAAUGGGCCUCGGCCCCGUCGACCCCCACAGCCGAGCCUCGCAGGUCCUCCAGCAGACUUGCCAAGUCCUGGCUGGCGCCCAAGCCAAGGUCUACCAGAAGAUCGGCGAUAUUUUGAUUGACCGCUUCGAGGUGCACAGCGCACGAUGGCUGUCGACUGCUCACCCGCCGUCUAUGAUGGCCGAAUUUGCAUCAAGUUCGACGUCGGGGAGCGCGGGGGCGGCAGGUGCUUCAGUUGGACAAGCGACGGCAGCCACGGACGACCAGAGACAACGCACAGAGUCCCAGCGGGGCGAGCGAGAGCAAGAGGCUCGGCCUGAUGGAAGCGAAGGGCGGGAAGGAAAUACAAAUCGACCGCCCAGCACCCUUUCGAACGGCAGCCCGCAGGACGUCCAACAGAUUCCUGCUCCGCCUCCGCAUGACGCCCUCAAGGGUUUCGUCAAAGACGCCUCUUCCCUCUACAAAGUCCUGCACCGUCUUCUUCCUGCAGAUGCUGUGAGCAAGAUUUUCGCGCGGACCUUUCACCAGAUUUCUUACCGGUUUGAGACACGGCUCACGGCUGCUUUCUCUCACCAGGCGUUCCCCGCGCCUCUCGCGUUCCCACCGGCGCCCAGCGGUCUCGCACACGGGUCCGUUGACAGUGGGACCGCUCGCGAUAACUCUGCCCACACGCCAAGCAACGGGCAUUCCACAGCUGGAGAAGGCAUGCAACGGCGUGCUCAGGGCGCUGAAGGAGCAGAUUCGAGUAUCUUGGACUCCCAGGCUGCAGGGACGCUUCCCCAGGGAGGCAGCCUAGUAGGGACAGGUCCACCUGCGCCCGGAGACGACGGAGGCAGGCUGACGACACCAGGUCAGACUAGCGGGUCCGGCAGUCCGCCCGGCUCCGAUGAGACUCUUGACUCAGCAGGCAGUCGAAAGGAGGGAGUGUCAUGGACUGGUUCGCCCGCAACGGAACCGUCCGGCAGAGACGCUGGAGGCUUACGAGCAGGUGGCCAAGGGUCUCCAGCUCCAGGGAUGGAUGCGGUACAAGUGCGGAUCAACUCGCACUUGGGUGGAGGAGAGAAGAAAGCAGUGCAUGCAGUCUAUAGUACAGCUCAGGGAGAGACUAUGGGGGACCGCUACUGGCUAGAUUGUGUCUACCUCUACGAGAGUCUCUGUCGACUUGAAGAUCUGAGGAUCCCCCUCUUGCACCUUGUGCGCGACCUGUUGAGCGCGUGCUCCAAGUGCUGGACCGUCAGCCCCGGGGUUGCUGAACUAAUUGAGCGACGACUCCCGAGAGGAGAGUGA